GAAAGUAAGCUGUGACGAAACCCAGCCGAGUUUUGCCGGACCUGUUCCGAAUGUAACCGUUCCUGUAGGCCGAGAUGUAAACAUACCGUGUGUUGUCGAAAACCUUGGUUCCAAUAGGGCGGCAUGGAUAAAAGUAGAGUCUAAGGAUAUACUCUCUAUCCACGACCACGUGAUCACAAGAAAUUACCGGAUCAGCUUAAAUCACGUUGACAACAGGAACUUUGUGCUGCAAAUCAAGGAUGUGAAGGAGUCCGACAGAGGUGGCUACAUGUGUCAGGUGAACACUGCCCCCAUGAUGAGCCAAGUGGGGUAUCUGGAUGUAGUAUACCCCCCUCAAAUCAAGCGUGAAAACACCAGUUCUGAUAUUAGUACCAAGGAAGGAUCAAAUGUGACCUUGACCUGCGUGGUUACAGGGUACCCUACUCCCAGUAUCACUUGGCGUCGAGAGGAUGGUCAGCCUAUAACUCGAUCAAACAUUGAAAGACACUUCGGUAGUGAUCCUAAUCAAGUCAGCGAGAGUUUGAAUCUGAUCCGAGUCACCAGGAACCAUACAGGUGCUUAUCUGUGUAUAGCAAUGAAUGGUGUGCCACCUUCUGUAAGCCAAAGAAUUUUGCUACAGGUCUACU